AUGAUGGACGGCAAGCCUCAUGGCACAGGAUACAUGAUAUAUGAUCAUGGCAGAAUCCUCUGCGGAAAUUGGUUACAUGGAGUAUUCCAAGGCCAAGGAUGUGCACUUUAUGAGAAUGGGGAUACGGCUUUUGGGUCCUUUCUCAAGAAUAAGAUAAAUGGUUUUACGGCUUACAUGACCAAGUUCACAAAGUACGUCGGCCAAUACCAUAAGAACCGUCGGCACGGAAAAGGUGUAUUUAUUGAUUAUCACCGGGGCACAUACAGCGGUGAUUUUAUCGAGGGUAGAUUUGAAGGGUUGGGUAUGCAUGCUGGCAUGAAUGGAAAAAUCACAGCAGGUCAUUUUAAGAACUGGAUACCUGCGAAUGCCACCAUUGGUAGCGAGGCGGAACACAAGGAAUCCAGCUCGAUGAUGUAA